AAAACUCGAGCAGGAGAAACUUUCGGCAAAACCGCAAAGUUUGCAUCAUUUUUCGGCCGUAAAGUCCGCUUCCGGAGUAAGCUGCCUCACCUCAACGAUGGACGCGACCACAAAAGUGCUCGAUGGAUAUUUGAGAAAAGCGGUCAAUCCCGGUAACGCCGAUCUGGACGUUUCCGCCCUGGACCAGUUCUGCAUGACGAUCAAGAACGACCCGAAAUUGAUGGCCUUGGCGCCCCAGCUGCUGGCCACCCGGAUUCAGUCGGGGAACAGUCGCGAAGCGCUGCUGGCACUUGAGGCUCUGGAGGAAUGCAUGGAGACCUGUGGUCGAGAGUUCCGAUCCGAAAUCAACAAGUUUCGCUUCCUGAACGAGCUGAUUAAGCUGGUUUCGAAAAAGUUCGACGGAGAUCGAACUCCGCGAGAGGUUUCCGAGAGGAUUCUCAACAUCCUGCUCACGUGGACGACCAAGUACGACAACUGCGCCAAGAUCCAGGAAGCGUACAAACUCCUUAAAACGCAAGGAAUCGAGCACCAUCCGCAGCAGAACGUGGUCCUCAAGACGGCCCCCAAAGCCGCAACCGACGCCAACCGAGGGUCGCUCGACGAAAAAGAGUUCGCAAAGCUGCGCCAGUUGAUCAACAGUUCCAAGCAGGAAGACCGCGACAAGGCGAACCUGCUCAUCCAGAACUUUUACCGCGAUGACGAACGGCGCACCCAGAUGAAGCACCGGCGGCUGGCCGAAGUGCAGAAAGCGGCCGAAAACACCAAACUGCUGGACGAUAUGCUGUCCCAGUACCGACAGGGCGAGACAACGGAGGACGAGCUGGCAAUUUACCGGCAGAUUUACGAGUCCUGCGAGGGCAUGCACCCGACGAUUGUGAAGCUCGCGGAGGACACGCAGCACAGCGAGGGAAUGUUGGAAAAAAUCUUCGAAGUAAACGACAGCCUUACCCAAGUGAUGGACAAGUACCGCCAACUAAUCCUGCACCAGGCUCCCUCACACGAUCACCCUGCUGCGUCCACCGCUUCGGUCAAUUCUCCCUCAGCGUCGUCAACCCACUCGAAGACGACCUCCGCCUCGAUGAACAUUACCGGGUCCGAUCCGCUGGACACGCUGUUUGACAUCUCGACCAUUCCGACGGCCAGCAGCGAACCCGCCCGAAGUGUCUUUGAAGAUCUUAGCGAUAUCUUUUCGGCCACGACGGUCAGCCCGAGCACGGCCAGUAUUGCCGCCAAUGGAAUCGACUCUGUGUCGGCUUCUGCGGCGGCCUGUUCUGUCCAAAGUGAUACGAUUUUGACGCCGCUGGUCGUUAAUAGUAACGGGACGACUUGGAGUGAGGCGGAAGUGCCUCGGUUGAUGCAGCUGGCGGCCGGUAGUGGGCAGAACAAUAACAAGUACGCGGAGUUUAAGAAUUUGCUGCUAGAAAAUCUCCAGGAACCAAAUCUGUUUAUUUUUGGUCACUUCCAGAAUCCCGCCCUUGACCCCACGCUGGUGAACGGAAACGGCAUCGCGUCCAAGAAACCCUCCAGCACCGGUACCAACUCCACCAAGCUAGACUCGUCCAGCACGGGAAAAUCAAUUCCCGACUUGGACUUUCUCGUUAGCGGUAUCAAAUCAACGCUGCUAGCCGGCCCAUCCGCGACCCCAGCAGAAGAGAUUCCUCCCCCGACCCCGGAGGAACCCCUUCCGGCGGUUGACGAUGACGACAAGGUGCUUAGUUUGAGUACGCCCGUGGCCGAAAACAUUCCGGAACCGUCGUUCCCAACACCAUCGGCCCCAAAACCGGAGUUUAAAUCUCUCGCCGAGAUCGUGAUCGACCUGGACAACAUCCAGCCCAGCCAGGAACCGUCCCGCACCGUUCUGGACGACAAGGCGGGCCUUCAGAUUACGCUGAACUUUGCCGCGGACCACCCGCGCCCCGACGUGACGGUCAUCGUGAUCUCCACCAUCAACCAGGGCCGCGACCCAAUCCCGAGCUUUCACUUUGACGCGAGCGUCCGGAAGCCGUGCAAGUUGCGCCUGCUGGACCCGUCCGGAGAGAGUCUUCCCGGCACGAAACCAUUCCGACCGCCGGCCGAUGGCGUCACGCAGGUGCUGCUGCUGGCGAACCCGUCCGGCGAACCGGUCGACCUGACCUGCAUCCUGACGUACUGCGUGGGCGAUGAUCCCGAUCCGGUCAAGGAGUCGAUCGUGAUGAGGGACGUUCCGUUUGUGAGGGAUUAGGCAGCGCUUUUACUUAACCGUUUCGAAUGUGGACAGACUGUGAUGAUUCGUUGGACAUUGUGUGGUUAGGAUUUACGUUAUUUUUUUUUCUCUCCCCCCGAGCGUAACUAAUCAAACUGAUUUAAUCAGAGGCAGCUUAGUUCUCACAGGAAUUGUUUGGAAUUAGAUUAUCUUUUGUUGUUUGUUUUAGAAAAAGUGACCAAAAAUGUGUUAAAAUUUUCCGCGUGAUUCAGUUGCUGUCGAGGACGAAAAGUCGACGAGUUUUACUCAAUAAUCCCCAUUUUUUUUAAAUUUAAGAUUGUGAAUGAUGUAUCCUAGCAAGAUUUGCAAGCGUAUAAACAUGGAAUUAUAUAGCCUAAAUCAUGAAUAUAA